CAUCCCUUCGAGCUUCAGCGGAAGUGUUGCCCGCGCCGGCGCGCCGCCCAUGUCGACGCCGCUGCCGCUGCCGCCUAGCCUCCAUCACGUUUGCUGCCUUCAUUCUCUCUCCAUUGUGCUCCUCCACUUCCUCUACGUGAUUUCCUAGUCUGCCUCCAUCGUCCCCAGAAAAAUUGAUCAAGCAGAAGCCUUGGCUUUUGUUUGAUCCAAUUCCAAAGUAGUAGUAUAGUCUUAUCUACUUUGCUCUUGUUCCAGUACGUUCUUCGAUCUCCUUUGCAAGUAAGUUCUUAUUCGCCCCUCGAUCUCGUGUUACACUAGUAGCACGUAUCCAAUCUCUUGUGCUUCUACGCGAUCCCGGCUGCGGGCGGUGCUCCAUGCCUCCAUCACGCCGCGGCAUGCCGCUCACUGAGGAGGAGCGACGUCGUAGACGGAUGGCCUCCAACCGGGUCUCUGCGCAGAGGUCUCGCAUGAAGAGGCAGCAGAGCGCGGAGAACCUGGCGGUGCGCGCGGCCCAGUUCGCGGAGAACAACGAGGCCAUGCUCGCCACCACCGGCGUCGUGCUGCAGCACUGUGAGCUGGUGGAGCAGGCGAACCGCGUGCUCGCGGCGGACGCGCGCCAGCUCUACACUGAGCUGGAGCGCGCGAACUCCCAGCUCCGUCUCUUCGGGCAGUUCAUGGGCAUGCCAAUGGACGUGCCGGAGAUCCCCGUCCACCUCACGGAGCUCUACGGCGGCAUGCAGAUACCGCUGCCGCCGCCGCCGUCACUGUCUCCAUCGCUGCUGCCGCCUCCGUCCCUGUCCCUGCCAUUGCAGCCUCCGCAGUCAAUUUCCCUGCCACUGGCACUGCCGCCGCCGUCCCUGUCCCUGCCAUUGCAGCCUCCGCAGUCAAUUUCCCUGCCACUGUCUACAUCGCUGCCGCUGCUGCCUCUGCCUCUGUCCCUGCCGCUGCCUCCGACGCUACCACUGUCCCCGCCGCUGCUACUGUCUCUGGAGAUGGAGAUGCAGAUGUUGUUCCAGCCGGAGCCGGACUCGGACCAGCCGGACGAUGUCAUGGACGACGCGGGCAGCCUGCCGCCCAGGCCGUGAAUCGGAAGCCUAUUAUCCUACUAUUGUGUGUACGACGUGUUUGCUUAGUACUGGUGUGGUAUGGUGUUAUGUGAGCUAUGUGUGGAUGUUGACUUGUGGUGCUUCCGGUUUGGAAGUACGCGAGUUUUCAACAAGUGUGAAGUGCUACUUCGUGUAGCACAAGAGUGUGAUGUGAUGUGUCGCAAUAUAUAUUCGAAUAAAUAAGUGAAGUUUGUGAA